AUGAAUGACACGGCUUUUGCCCGAACACCGACUAUUGGAAUUGCUAUUUCGGGCGGUGGAUUCAGAUCAAUGCUAAGCGGAGCUGGCGUCCUUGGUGCCUAUGAUGCUCGAAGUCCUGGAGCCGACGGUGAAUUGGGGGGCUUACUACAGAGCUCAACAUAUUUAGCAGGAAUAUCAGGAGGGCUGUGGAUUGUGAUCAGUUUCUUUCUUAAUGACGGAAUGCAGUUGUACAGCAUUUUGGAGGAUCUCAAACUAGACCUUCAAACGCCGAUUCUAGAAGGAGUGCCCAACAUGGAACUUGGAAAUUUGCGGGAACAUUUGUUUCAGAAGGACAAGACGUCCAUGAAUGCCGAAGUCUCCGAAUCUAAGUUGAGCAGUGUAAUUACCUCCAUUGUCAAGUCUAUCUUCUCAAUCGGAGAUGAUGAAGGAGACUCUGGUAUCAAGUCUAUUAUUGGUUUCUACAAAGACAUCUCCCUUGAAGCAAAAGCCAAAAAAGACUCCGGAUACAGACUUUCAUUGAUAGAUUACUGGGCAAGGACACUUGCAAGAAAAGUCUUGCCUGCAAAGUUUAGGUCCACAGGAUUUACAAUAUCGUCAGCAUCAAAGCAGCUCUCGUUUCAAAACUACUCUCAACCGUUUCCUAUUAUCACAUCGGUCGAAUUGAUUCCGAAUGAGACUGUAAGAAGUGUCGACUCUCACAUCAUCGAGAUCUCACCUUUCGAAUUUGGCUCGUGGGACAGCUUCUUGAAUUCUUUCGUGAGUACUAAAUUUUUAGGAAGUGACUUGUGGAACGGCACCUCACUCCACCUCAGUCUGUCCUUGAAUGCCUCCAUUUGCACAUCAGGUUACGACACAGUUGCAUUCCUAGCAGCAACAUCAUCUGGGCUCUUCAAUACUGUCUUCCAAUACGUCUACGAUUUCAUACCGAAAAUUCAUCACGAGUCUUCGCUGUACGUCACUCAAAUACUCCGCAUCUUUGGUUUCUCAACGCUGCCAACAAGGAACGCGGCGGAGUUCUCUGAGUUUGCUAUAUAUUCACCGAAUCCAUUUCGGGGAGUGCAAAGCGGUGAAAGAGGCAGGUCAGUUGAAAAUUCAACGAGCUUGUUUUUGGCGGAUGGUGGUGAGGAUGGCCAAAACAUCCCUUUCAGUCCCUAUUUGGUUCCUGGCCGAAAAGUGGAUGCGAUAUUGGCUUUCGAUAUGGGGUCGGAAAUCGAUAACAGACCAAGCGGCUUGUCUUUGAGAUCUUCAGCUCAAAGGUAUCAUGCAAAUCAGUCUGAACUACAUAUCCCACUAUUUAAGGACCCCAACGGCAUAUUGAGAAGAAUCUUUCCUGUGGUACCUAGUGCAGCCCAGUAUUCUUUGAUUUCGCAGAAGCCAGCCUUUUUAGGCUGUGAAAUCGAAGACUUUCCUGCUUUUAAAGGAAAUUUACUGGAUAACUUCAAAGUCUACAACAAUUAUACACCGCCAUUGACAAUUUACCAAGCAAAUCAUGACAUUGUGUUUGAGGCUAAUACUUCUACCUUCAAAAGCGUCUACUCCCCAGACGAAGUGCAGGGCAUGUUCGAUAAUGGCUGCGAGCUUGCAGUCAACAGGAUGGAUCUCAGCUAUAAAGAGUGUUUAUGGUGUGCUUUGAUGAAACGUGCAAGCAAGACACUUCCAGAAGUAUGUGACAGUUGCUUCAACAAGUACUGUUAUCGAGAACAUUGA